AUGCUCACCUUUUAUGCUGAAGCAAGAGGAGAAAACUGUGUCAAAUCAGCGAUGCCACCCCAGGGGCAUAUGACUCUGGAGUGUGAUGCCUGUCACCCUGAGGCAGAAGGGGGAGGCCCCCUUGCACCAAGACAGAGUGAGGCCCACACACAGAGGGAAGCACAGCUGAGGGUGGAGAGGGAACAGAGAGAUACAACAUCACUGAAACCCCUGGAUCCAGCUAAACCUGCAGCCCACUGGAGCCUGAGCUCCCCGAGUAGUGAGCAAAUUCUUUUUCUGUUAAGCAGGUACAGGCUGUAUGUGUAUUACUUGCAACCAAGAGAGCACCGGCCACUGAUCUUCUGA